AUGUUGAUGCACUAUGAGAGGGUGCUGAAGGUAUUCCUGUCCCGUACGGCACAGCGGACACCCUACAUCACCAGCUGGCGGUUGCUGCGUCUGCUGGGGGUCAUCCUGCUGGUGGUGCUGUGGUUUCUGGUGGCCUGGACCUCGGCCGUGUGUCAGACACCUGACCGGACGUCGGCCCUCAUCGAUGUGGGCCUCACCCCCGACGGGCUGCAGUUCAGCAUGUGCCUGCUGGACCGCUGGGAUUACAUGAUGGCAGUUGCCGAGGUCCUGUUUCUUCUGUGGGGAGUGUACCUCUGCUAUGCUGUCUGGACCGUACCGUCAGCCUUCCAUGAACCACGCUACAUGACUGUUGCCAUAUACAAUGAACUCCUCAUAUCGGCAGUAUUCCACACCAUUAGGUUCACUCUGGCUCCUCAGUGGCACCCUGACUGGAUGCUCAUGUUGGUCUUCACUCACACACACCUCACCGUGACUGUGUCUUUGGGGCUGCUGUUUGUACCAAAGUGUCUGUCCACAGUGACCCAGGCGAGUGAUGACAUUGCCACUGAAACCUAUGAAGAGGAGCUGGACAUGGGCCGGUCCGGGUCCUACCUCAACAGCAGCAUCACCUCAGCCUGGAGCGAACACAGCCUGGACCCCGAAGACAUACGGGACGAGCUCAAGAAGCUUUACGCCCAACUGGAAGUCUACAAGCGCAAGAAGAUGCUGGCCAACAACCCACACCUGCAGAAGAAGCGCAGCUCCAAGAAGGGCCUGGGCCGCUCUCUCAUGAGGCGCCUCACUGAGAUCCCGGAGACCUUGCACCGACAUGGCAGCUAUGGCAGCCGUGAGGAACGUGAGGGUAGCGAGCACGGGAGCAACCGCAGCACCCUUCGACGGAAUCCCUUCGACUCGUCCCAUUCAGGUCACAAGUCCAGGGAAGACUCUUUGAAGAACAAAGUUCUGGGCCUGAAUAAGUCACACAGCUACGACCACGUUUGUGACCAAGCUAAGGAAACUGCCGGCGGAGAGGGCUUGGGUGCUGACAAAAUGGACACCGGCGAUGGUCCCUUGCUGGGAUCUCUCAUUAGGAGGCAGGUUAAAAAGUCACCGGAGCCUGCCCCAAAGGUGGAACCUGCCGAGUCAGUGCCCUUGGUCUGCAAGUCGGCCAGCGCGCACAACUUCACAGCGGACAAAAAGCCCAUUCAGCUGAGGACGUCCAUCAUGCAGAAGUCACUGAGUGUCAUCACCAGUGCCAAAGAGAAGAUGCCCGGGCUCACCAGCAAGACCCAUAGCGCAGAGGAUGCCAGCAAGAAGGGACUCAAGGGGCGCGAUGGGAGGAUGCUGUCUGAGGUGGACGAGAUGGAGUGUUAUCCUAAGAUGAUCAUCAGCCAGUCGGUAGAGUACUCCAGGACACCCAUGGCCAAGAUGGGCAUCAUGAAGCAGCAGGUGAGUGGCAGCCAGCCGUCCAUCAAUACAGAGAGGAACCUGUAUGACCUCUCCGAGGUGUGCUCUUGGGAUGUGGAGGACCCCCCAACCCCAUCGGAUGGAAGGUCCCAGAAGCAUGUGUCCAUUGCUCCGGGAGAGACCACCACGGUCCACAGGGGUGAUGGUGGUGGUGGCACGGGUACCACCAAGGGCAGUCGCUCCCAACAGAAGCAGCAGAGAACCGCAGGACAAUCGCCUGCAGGCCGACAGCGCUCCAAAGACAAGGGGUGUGAACGAGAUGAGCCCAGAGAAACAAGGAAGCCCAGGUCUCCCAGAUCUCCACUCCUGCUCAAACCGGAGGUGUGCCCCUGGGCCUUUGAGGUGCAGCCGAUGUUGGGAGGCGAUUCAGACUCCAUCUCUCCAGAGAGGAUCAGACGUAAGAGGAGCGUCACACCAACUGAUGGGAAGCCCAAGAUCCUCCACUCAGACUACUCCAAAUCCACAGGGAGUCUGCUGCAGCCGCCCACCCUGAUGUUGGACAUCUGUCCCUGGGACUACAAUGAAGCCCCAGCCCCGCCUUCCCCCAGCCAGGAGAAGACCUGCUCCAGUCCCACGGCUCACUCCAAGCGGAAACGAAAAGGUUCGUGCUCCUCCAAAGAAAGGGGAGAGAGGGGUGAGAGAGAGAAAGGAGGGAGGGACAAGGAGGAGGAGAAGCAGCACAGGUCAAAGAGCAAGGAGAGCUCCUCCAGCAGGCCCUCGGAAAGACCACGUGUCAGCCAAUCCUCAGAGGGUGUUCCGGUCACCAUGCCAACAUCUGGGAGACGGAGGAGCUCAACGAGAGACCCGGAGGCGUCGAAGAACAAGAGGGUAGAGACGUGCCCGUGGGAGGUAGAGGACACGCAUGCCAGCGUAGCACAGACAAAGCCUUCUCCAGCGAAAGAAAACUCUUUGAGUUCUAAUAACAAACAACCUGUUAGCACUGCUAAAAGGGUUGACGUUUGCCCCUGGGAUUUUGAAGACAAUGGGUCAGAGAAAAGUGCAUGAUAAUCAAAAUGAUAGACUAUGUGUUUUGUAUUCACGACACAAAUGCUUUGCAAACUGGGUUUUAAAGAUAAGGGUGGGAAAAACAGUUGUACUGUGGUUAUGACUAAAUCAUUUUGUGAAGUAAAACAUGCAAUACGGUCUGUUAAAGCAUUCCAAACAAAGUAUUUGUUCAAAUACAAAGUCCUGUUGUUAGUUGUGCAGCUUAAAGUCACUAUCCGCAAUGUAGAGAAAUGUUUAGUCAGCACUAUUUGCUUGUACAUUUGCUCAGUUUGCAGUUUUGCUCCAUUUGUCACACUCUUUAAUACAUUAAACACGUCCUUACUACCUGUGAGGGAAUUUACACUGAAUGAAUUACAGACAACAAUCUGAUUUAGACAGGUUUGUACAAGAACGUGGGACUGAUUUAACCAGUCCAUUUUUGUAAACAACUAAUUGAUGAUGUUGCCACAUGAUCCAUUAUACUGGACUGGAGUUCUCUUUUGUCUGUAUCCUGCAACUGGGUCAUUCCAAUAUUCUAGACUGGAGUUCUCUUUUGUCUGUUUCCUGCACCUGGGUCAUUCCAACAUUCUAGACUGGAGUUCUCUUUUGUCUGUAUCCUGCACCUGGGUCAUUCCAAUAUUCUAGACUGGAGUUCUCUUUUGUCUGUAUCCUGCACCUGGGUCAUUCCAAUAUUCUAGACUGGAGUUCUCUUUUGUCUGUUUCCUGCACCUGGGUCAUUCCAAUAUUCUAAACUGGAGUUCUCUUUUGUCUGUAUCCUGCACCUGGGUCAUUCCAAUAUUCUAAACUGGAGUCCUCUUUUGUCUGUAUCCUGCACCUGGGUCAUUCUUGUCAAGUAGUGUUGGUCAUCGGGAAGUGUAUAAUAUAACUUCCAUAUGAAGCACAGUGCACAGAUAAGUAUACUGUUAAUUCUGGGGCCUUAUAGAUUAUACAAUUUGAAGUGUUGAGUAGGAGAAAUAGCUACAUUGGUGCACCAUACAUAGUUACCACUUGCGUAGCAACACGAGGAUGCAUCCCAUUAAGGAAGUGUAUCUAUUUGGUCUCCUUCCAGUCAAAUAUGCUUUGUGUUCGUACAAAAAAACGAACUAAAGUUUAUCUUUGAUGCAUACAUUUUGUAAAACUGCUAUAGAAUGUGACAGAGCACUUCCAGAAAUUGCUUUGUUGUCAAUUCAUUAAUUUACAUCCAAAAUGCUACAGCAUUUGGUAAUGGACAUUUUUUUGCAACAGAAACAAACAUUUCUUAUUGGACAAGUUCAACUUAGUCCCUCCCCUGUUUCAGUCUGUUUUUCUCCAAUUGGCUUCCUAGUGAGUAAAACCCAGCUAAUCCGUAACACAGUUCUUCUUGGAAAAAGUACCCAAUUGUCAUAAUUGAGUAAAUGUAAAGAUACCUUAUUGGAAAAUGACUCGUGUAAAAGUGAAAGUCACCCAGUAAAACAGUACUUGAGUAAAAGUCUAAAAGUAUUUGGUUUUAAAUAUACUUAAGUAUCAAAAGUAAAAAGUAUAAAUAAUUUCAAAUUGCUUAUAUUAAGCAAGCCAAACGACACAAUAUCUUGUUUUUAUUUAUUUACGGAUAGCCAGGAGAACACUCCACCACUCAGACAUAAUUUACAAAUGAAACAUUUAUGUUUAGUGAAUCCGCCAGAUCAGAGGAAGUAGGGAUGACCAGGGAGAUUUUCUUGAUGAGUGUGUGAUUGGACCAUUUUCCUGUCCUGCUAAGUAUUCAAAUGUAACAAGUAUUUGUGGGGUUUCUGGAUAAAUGUAUGGAGUAAAAAAAAGUAAAUUAUUGUCUUUAGGAAUAUAGUGAAGUAAAAGUACAAAUUGUCAAAAACAUAAAUAGUAAAGUAUAGAUAUCCCCCAAAAAAUGACUUAAGUAAGUACUUUAUGAAGUAUUUGUACUUUAAGUACUUCACACCACUGAUUCCGCUGUAUCCAUUAAUGCUACAGUGACUUCUGCAUGACAGUAAACAUAUUGGCCCAACGUCUCACUGCUCUUAGCAAACUCUGCUCUGUUAUAACCUGUUUGUUGAGUGAACUUGUACCGCUGUCGUCUUAUUACUAUAAUGCUUGGUAACACUGCUGUUGCAUCCCACAUAGGAAUAUUUAUAUUGUACAUUUAUAUUGUGUUCUGUUGUAAUCGCAUGUACAUAACUCCCCCCCUUAAACCUGCAAUAAAUAUUUAUA